AUGCCACUCUCUCCUCCCCAGGAUAAUCACAAGCUGUACAAGCAGAAACUCGAGGAGUUAACCAAGCUCCAGGAUGGGAUCUCCAGCUCCAUCGCACGGCAGAAGAAGCGGCUGAAGGAGCUGUCGUUGUCCCUCAAAAAAUGCAAAGCCCACAUGAGCCCCGAGCAGGAGUCGUCCAUCCAAGAGACCCAGAACCUAAUAAAAGAGAGGCAGAAUGUUUUCUUUGAGAUGGAGGCCUAUCUGCCAAAGAAGAACGGGUUGUACCUGAGUCUGGUGCUUGGGAACGUGAACGUCACGCUGCUCAGCAAGCAGGCCAAGUUUGCCUAUAAAGAUGAGUAUGAGAAGUUCAAGCUCUACCUCACCAUCAUCUUGCUCAUCGUGUCCUUCUCCUGUCGCUUCCUUCUCAACUCCAGGGUGACAGAUGCUGUCUUUAACUUCCUCCUGGUGUGGUACUACUGCACCCUCACCAUCCGAGAGAGCAUCUUGAUCAACAACGGAUCCAAAAUCAAAGGCUGGUGGGUUUUCCAUCACUAUGUCUCCACCUUCCUCUCGGGUGUCAUGCUGACAUGGCCGGAUGGACUCAUGUACCAGAUGUUCAGGAACCAGUUCCUCUCCUUCUCCAUGUACCAGAGCUUCGUGCAGUUCCUCCAGUACUACUAUCAGAGCGGGUGCUUGUACCGGCUGCGAGCGCUGGGCGAGAGGCACAACAUGGACCUGACUGUGGAGGGAUUCCAAUCCUGGAUGUGGAGAGGCCUCACGUUCCUGCUUCCCUUCCUCUUCUUUGGGCAGUUCUGGCAGCUCUACAAUGCCGUCACCCUCUUCCGCAUGAUCCAGCACCCAGAAUGCAAGGAGUGGCAGGUCCUCAUGUGUGGCCUCCCCUUCUUCAUCCUCUUCCUGGGGAACUUUUUCACCACCCUCCGCGUUGUCCACCAGAAGUUUCAGAACAAGAACAAAGACACAAAGCGGAAUUGAAGUGGGAGUAGUGUGGGGGCCAGGACUGUUUCUCCCCACCGGCUCUAUCUCCCAUCCCCUCGAUGCCGUCCAGACUCUGGUGUCUCACCCUUCCUUGGAGCCCUGGGUGUGGGACAGAACUCGGGGCCUGCUCAUGAAUAGACCAUGUGUUCCCUGCGGUGCUGGAUCCCUGCAACUGCUGUCCCAUCUGCCUGAUUCCUCCCGGAGCACAGGGUGCAUGGGGCAGCUGCUCCCCUUCCUUCCCUCUGCCCUGAAGACAGUUACCAGAAUGGUUCUCCGGGGUCAAGGCCAGCUCUGCAAAUUCCCACCCUGCUGCAGGCAGGGGGCAGCCUGAGGAGCCCAGCUUCCAUCAACUCCCUUGGGACAAGGCAGGGUCCAGGGCUGAUGGCUGCCUCCAACACAGCUCCUGGGGUGGUCAGUGCUCACCCCAUCCCCACAGGCAGGGCAGCCCCCCCACACUGAAGGCAGAGGUAGAGCAGCCCUCACAUGCAAGCACAUCCCUGGCUGCCCCAGCAGCCCUUGGUGCUUUCAAGGGCAGCUGGAGGCCAUGCACAAGUGCUGGCUUCCAGGGUCUGUCAUGUCCUGGUUCCUCCUUUGCCUUCAAGCAGCAGGGCAGAGGGCUGAGGUGCAGGAGCUGUGCCACUGGAGGCAUGGGAGCACCACGAGCCUAAACCAGGCUUCAUGCCAGAGCUGCACAAACAGCACCCUGGUCUCGCAGCUCUGUGGGAUGCACAUGUAAAAAUAAAGGGAGGGUGCUGCUUCGGAACAGCUUGCAUGCUCUGCUCUGCAGAUUUGGUGCAGCAGGCCCCCAACACAUCAGGGGGAGGGAAGAAAAGCCACCUCCAAGUGUCCCCACACCAGCCUGUGGGGACAGGAGGGCAGUGCUGCGAGCUCCCUCCCGUGGUUUUCUCCUGGCCUGCCCCCAGGCUGCAGCCAGAGCUUCAGCCACCCAACAAGCCAAGCAGAGCCCAGCAUCCCUGCAGACUGAGGGAAGAGAAGCCCUGUACUGCCACCAGGAACUCCUGAAGUGCUGGGAACCAAACCACCUCCAGCACAGCGGUGCCUCAGUCCAGAGCCAUCCCUCCCCUGCUGUCACCCUCACCCCCCCCGCCAGGGCUCAGCACCCCAGGGUAGGGGCUCCAGCUCAGCCUAAACCCAGAGCUGCUGCCUGCUUCCCCAGGUUUCCUCCUGGGUAGCAGCCAUUGCUCCUCCUGCCUCCCUCUUCCCUCUGGCAGAGCAGAGAGAGGGCAGUAAGCAAACUACAGAAACAGUAUUUGUAUUCCAAGGGGCAAGUGUAUUUAAAUAAUUUACAGUCAUUAGACAG